AUGCGUCGAUUUCUGAGCUGGCAAGGCCUUAGUGUUGCCUGGCUGCUUGCCUCCCCCAGUUUUUGCACUACUGGUCUGCUGGCUGAUUUCCAAGUGGACCUUCAAGACUGGACUGUGGCGUACAACAAAUCAGUCGCGGCGGUAGCAACUCUAUCCGAUGCCGACAAAAUCCGGCUGAUCUCGGGGCAAAGCGUGCCCUCCAUCAGGUUUGAGCCCCUGACCAGCAACGAUGGCUCCCAGGGGCUGGAAAGCUUCUUCUACGUCAGUUCGUUCCCCGAGUCCUCGGCCAUGGCCCAAACCUGGGACCCCGAGCUUAUUCGGGCCGGCUUCCACGCAGUCGGCCAGGAGUUCUACGACAAGGGCUACACCAUGGUCAAUGGACCCACCACCGGCCCGCAAGGCCGGACUCCCUGGAGCGGCCGGUUGGUGGAGACUCUCGGGCAGGACGUAUACCUGGCUGGCAUCGCCUUUGCCCACGCCACGGCGGGCAUCCGCGACGCAGGCGUCAUCCCCUGUGGCAAGCACUUUCUGCUGAACGAGCAGGAGACCAAUCGCUCCGAGGUCUACUGGAUCGACAACGCCGUCACCGUCCCCCGCAAUAACACCGCCUACUCGAGCAACGCCGACGACAAGACCUUGCAUGAGGCCUACCUGUGGCCCUUCUACGACGGGGUCAAGGCUGGACUGGGCGCCAUUAUGUGCGCUAUGAAUCGUGUCAACGGGAGCUAUGCCUGCGAGAACCCAGCCCUCCUCAACCAGAUCCUCAAGACCGAACUCGCAUUCCCUGGCUUUGUGACCCCGGACACCUCAGGUCAGCACACAGCCCUGGGCUCUGCCAACGGCGGCUUGGACUUUGGCGCCGCCUCCUUCUGGAACAACCAGACCCUCCUCCCUGCCCUCGCCAACGGCACCCUCUCGCAGGCCCGCCUCGACGACAUGGCCGUCCGCAACCUCAUGCCCUACUUCCAGCAGGGUCUGGACACCAAGUCCCCGCCGCCUGUGCGGAGCGCCACAGACCCCAUCGACGUGCGCGCCAACCACCGCGCCCUGAUCCGCGAGGCUGGCGGGGCGGCCAUCACGUUGGUCAAAAACACCAACGACGCCCUCCCACUGGCUCGUCCGCGCUCGAUCGCGGUGUUCGGCGCCAACGCCCGCCCCUCGCUCAUCGGGCCCGGGACCACCAUGGACGACGUGCAUACCCACACCACCUGGCCCGGCCACCUCGUCUUCUCCGGCGGCUCCGGCAUGGGCAGCCCCUCCUACGUGGUCACCCCCUAUGACGCCCUGCUAGACAAGGCCCAAGCCCACGGGACCCAAAUGAUGUGGGCGCUGGACGACACCCUCCCGGAGAUCGAAUACGUCGCCGUGACCGGCACAGCAGGCACCUCAGCGCCGCCCACAUUUGCCGGCUACGCCUCAGCCGUCGAGACCUGCCUGGUCUUCAUCAACGCCUGGAGUGGCGAGGGCAACGACCGCAGCGAGCUGCGCAACGCGGCGCAGGACGCCAUGAUCCGCACCGUCGCCGACCACUGCAAUAACACCAUCGUCUCCGUCACCACGGUCGGCGCCCGCCUCCUGGACGCCUGGAUCGCCCACCCCAACGUCACCGCCGUGCUCUACUCCUCGCUGCUAGGCGAGCAGUCCGGCAACGCGCUGGUCGACGUGCUCUACGGGGCCGUCAAUCCCUCCGCAAAACUGACGCACACCAUCGCCCGCCACGAAUCCGACUACCCUGUUCCCGUCUGCAUGGCCGCCGACUGCGACUUCGUCGACGGCGUGCACCUGGACUACAAGUACUUCGACCGGUACAACAUCACUCCGCGGUAUGAGUUCGGGUUCGGCCUCUCGUACACCACCUUCGGCUACUCCGCGCCGGCCGUGGGGGGUGCGGAUGAGGCGGCGCUGGCGCGGCGUGGGGCGACGGGCGUGCUCGCUCCCGGGGGGAAGGUGGAUCUGUGGGAUGAGGUGCUGCGGGUGAGGUUUACGCUCACGAAUACUGGGGCCAGGGCGGGCGCGGAGGUGGCGCAGCUCUAUGUCUCGUUUCCCGACGAGGCGGCCCAGCCGAUGCGGCAGCUGCGGGGGUUCAAGAAGGUCUUUCUCGGUGUUGGAGAGGAGGCGCAGGUCGUGUUCUCGCUGCGGAGGAGGGACCUGAGUUAUUGGGAUGUAGUGAGCCAGGAGUGGCUUGUUGCGAGGGGGCAGUAUCGGUUCUAUGUUGGGGCGAGCAGUCGCGAUUUGAGGGGUGAUGUUAGUUUUAUUGUUUCUUGA